AUAUUCUUGUCGUAUUAAGUCUCUUUUGUUUGGUUAAGGUCUUUAUUUCUCACUUGUCUACCGUGUCGUAAAGUCCGACGGCGAUACGGCGCCCGUGUGUGCCAGCAGCCCGCGUUGACAACUUACAACUUGCGUCACGCGGUGAGCAACUUUCUAUAAUCAGGCCAUGCCAUGUGGGGAUGAUUGCAACUGCUACUCAACUCGUAAUAAUUUGGGUUAAAUUGAAAUGUGAUUGAAAGAACGAGACUAAUAGCGAAAAAUACUUUCACUUCUUUUAGGGCGAUUAUAGUAGCAUUAAGCAUAUAAUUUUUCACUGGUGGAAGCUUUAAGGUGACCGCAGUCUACAGUGUAAGGUUUUCGACGUAAAAAAAUUAUCAACUAAAAUGAAGAUGAACAAUUUACUGAGAAACAGUGUGAUGAUUUAAUGAAUUAAAUUUCAGAUUGGCGUAGAACUAUUGAAGGAUUAUAGAUGGUAUUCAACACUAGAAGCAGUUGAAAAAUAUUGAAGAAUACGGCUAAAAGAGGGAAGACAACAGCCCAAAGAGAGGCGGCAGCAGCCAGAGAGAGAGAGAGGCGGCAGCAGCCGUUGGGGCUGUUGACUUGAAGCUGAGCCAGUGUUCUCGGUAUGGCUGGCGUGAUAGGCAGGCUCGAGCAGCCGGUCGGUGUGACGCUCCCGCCGCCCUGUUGACGGGCAGCCACCCGUCAGGGGGCGACUCCGCCACACCAACACACCCGGCGAUUGUGGCGUUGGUGCAGCAGCUGGUUGUGCUCAACGCCUGACGAUACAAACACUUCCAACUCCUGCAGCAGCAGCCACACUAGCAGUCUUAACCGAGUCCAGCAAACGGAACUGCAACAUUCAGCUCAAGCUCCGGUGCAGCUUCAUGAAAACACACCUCAACCUCAGCCAACUCACACGCUACAACUACAAGCCAGUACGCUAGAACAACAACACGCCUACAAUAACGAGCCUGGAUCAACGUCGCAAAAGUCGUCGAGUCAUAUGACGACGCAAGAUUUGACCGCAAACCUAACUUCAUCGAAUAACGCAAGCAUGGCUCUAACCUCAGUAUCUUCGAGUUCCCAACACCACCAUAACCAGGCAGCUGCUGCUUCUAGCCAGACAGCUCAUUGUUUCGUUAAGAAAACCUUCCACAAACCUGUGUAUUGCCAUCACUGUACUGAUCUUCUGUGGGGAAUUAUCGGCCAAGGAUACACUUGUGAAGUAUGUAACUUCGUGGUGCACGACAAGUGCAUGCGGACUGUCGUGUCGCCAUGUUCCAGUAUAGCCCCCACGCUCGUCAAGACGCCGUCAGCUCACUGCUGGUCAGAACCAGGCCACCACCGCCGCAAGCACUGCAACGUGUGCCGCAAGAAGCUGGAGGACGCCUGGGCCAUCAGAUGUGAAGGUGAACGUCGCCCUCACAACACAUCUGAGCCCAUCUGGGGCCAGAUAAAGUCUUGCUUUUACUGA